GCGCGGGGCCGCGCCGGCCACGCCCACACAACCGCCGCCUCCUCGCCGUCGCCCUACACGGUUCUCUUGGCUCUCCGCCCCUCCUUCUCGCGGCGCUCGAGGGACCAUGGCCGAUCCUCGGGUGAGACAGAUCAAGAUCAAGACCGGCGUAGUGAAGCGAUUGGUCAAAGAAAAAGUGAUGUAUGAAAAGGAAGCAAAACAACAAGAAGAAAAGAUUGAAAAAAUGAGAGCUGAAGACGGUGAAAAUUAUGCUAUUAAAAAGCAGACAGAGAUCCUGCAAGAGUCCCGGAUGAUGAUUCCAGAUUGCCAGCGCAGAUUGGAAGCUGCAUAUAUUGAUCUUCAGCAGAUGUUAGAAAGUGAAAAAGACUUGGAAGAAGCUGAAGAAUAUAAAGAAGCACGUUUAGUAUUGGAUUCAGUGAAGUUAGAAGCCUGAAACUUUUCUGUACAGGGUGUUUUUUUUGCAUAAAAUCCUGGGGGUCCAUUCUACAAUUCAUUGUUUUUAACCACUGCUGUGUUCAAGUAGUAUGAGAAAGUGAUUCUUUUUAUGAGGUUGCAAAUAUUUUAUCUUUGCCUAUUUAAUGUGUCAAAUAAAUGAACUCAUCUAAUAAAAUUGUUUAUUUCAUACCUUA